AUGACUACGUGGAAAUGCGGGUAUAUAAGCAGCCACUCGCACUUGGUAUGGCAUCAUCUUCCCAACAUGAAGCUCCUAGUGAGUUUCGUUCACUACUUCUUGUGCUUCGGAGCCUGUCGUUCCACAAUACUCAAUCUGGGCUCAGUUGGUUUAAUGCUUCGCGGCGGCUACGGCUGUCCCGACGGGCAGGUCGUGGGUCCCGACGGGAACUGCGCCACGCCCAUCAUAACGAGGAACGUGUUCGUGUACACCGCCCCUGAGCAGCCGCCCGUGAACUUCCCCGCCCCGUACAUCUCUCCCCCCGAGGUGCAGCACAACAUCCUCUUCAUCCGCACGCCUGAGAAGGCCGCCAGCCCCGAGCCCAUCGUGAUCCCUCCUCCCCGCCAGCAGAGCAUCGUCUACGUGCUCAACAAGCAGCAGGCGGAAGGCCAGAAGGUCAUCGAAUUGCCGAGCGACGGCCCACAGACGCCCGAGGUCUACUUCGUCAACUACGAAGAGGGAGACAACCCCAUCCUUCCCAGCGGCUUCGACCUCCAGACGGGUCUCCAGGCGGCGGCCAAUGGUGGAGGCCAGGUCCUCGGAGGUGGAGGAGGAGGCGGCGGAGCUGGCGUCGGAGGGGGAGCCGGUGGCGGUGGCGGCGGAUAUAGCGCCCCUGCUGCUCCUGCUGAUAGCUACUCUGCCAUCUAA